AUAAGCACAUAUCGAGAAAUUUAAUUUAUAAAUUAAAGUGCAUUAAUUAGCUGGGUGCAGAGGUGAUUGUCGAGGAGGGUGUAGUGAUGACAGAUCUAACGAAGCUGGGGAGCUCUCUUGAGGUGCCUAAUGUGCAGGAAUUGGCCAAGGAGAAACUGCCACGUGUACCUGAGAGAUACGUCCGCCAUGAGCGAGAUCGAGAAGAACCGGUUCUUCCCCAAUAUUCUUCUGAAAUCCCAGUCGUCGAUUUGCAGAAGCUCUUGGAUGAAUCCUCCAUGGAUUCUGAGCUUCAAUUGCUCCACUCUGCUUGCCAGCAGUGGGGUUUCUUUCAGCUGAUCAACCACGGCGUCGAUUCGUCAGUGGUGGAGAAAAUGAAAUCAGAAACUCAAGAAUUUUUCAAUCUCCCUCUAGAAGUUAAAAAGAAAUUCAAUCAAGAACCGGGAGACAUCGAGGGCUACGGACAAGCUUUUAUUGUGUCCGAAGAACAAAAGCUCGAUUGGGGAGACAUUUUCUACAUAUUGACAAUGCCAGUGUCUUUGAGAAAGCCUCACUUGAUCCCGAAGUUACCUUCAUCAUUCAGGGAUGCCAUAGAAACGUAUUCGAAAGAGCUUAAAAUCCUUGCCAUGAAAGUUUUGAAUAUGAUGGCGAAAGCUUUGAGCAUGGACAAUAAGGACAUGGUGACACUAUUUGAAGAUGGAAUGCAAUCGAUAAGGAUGAAUUAUUAUCCACCAUGUCCGCAGCCGGAACUUGUCACCGGUCUUUGUCCUCACUCCGAUGCAGGCGGGCUUACGAUUCUCCUUCAAGUUAAUCACACUAACGGACUUCAAAUCAAGAAAGACGGUGUUUGGAUUCCAGUCACUCUCCUCCCUAACGCAUUCAUCAUUAAUAUUGGCGAUAUAAUGGAGAUUGUUACAAAUGGUAGUUAUCCGAGCAUCGAGCAUCGAGCUACAACCAACUCAGAGAAAGAAAGGCUUUCGAUCGCAACAUUUCUUAACCCAAAAUUUGAUGGGGUUUUCGGACCAGCGCCGAGCCUCGUAAGCAAUGAAAAGCCAGCAAGAUUCAAAAGCAUCGGCUUGGCAGAAUACUUAAGGGGAUAUUUCUCAAGGAAACUUGAAGGAAGAUCGUAUUUAGAUGUCAUGAAGAUCAAUUAAAUAAACAUCAUAUAUAUGUAUAUGUUUAAUAAUUUGAUUGUCCAUUUUCAUUUUUCGUCAAGAUCGUUAUAUGAUUUUUUUUUUAUUGAAUAUAUUAAUUAUAAUACUUUAUUAUUGAUAAGAUUUAUUUAAUUUAUUAUCAAAUUAA